ACGAGUGCACCAUAGCCAUCACCACCACCGCCACCCUUCAGCCUCAGCCACCGCCACCACAGCCACCACCGCCACGUUGUAAAGUUAAUCGCCUGCAAUUCGACUUCUUCUCCUCAGCCCAGCUGUAUUCGGACCCAUCGCCAUCAAAAUAACACCGGCGGCUCUCAGGUCCGUUUAUUUGCAAGGUAUGUAGGGAGGGGAGAGAUGAGCUUUCUCUGUUAAUCCAGUCGGUGGAUGGUCAAGCAUAAAGCAAAAGGUUUUAGAGAGGUUUCUCUAUAUACUAUUGAUGAGGUUCUAGCUGGUAGGUAUAUUGGUGCAAGUCCCAGAAAAUUUUAAGUAUUUGGACAUCUUUCCCAAUAAGCGUUACUUGAUUAUUUGACACAUGGCACCCUUCGCUUGCGCAUAAGCGUAGGAGGCAGCCUCUUCCUUCACAAGCACUUGGUAUACACCCUCCCCUCACCUUCUUUCUCUUCCACCAUCUUGUGUUCUUGGUGGUUAAAAUCUUUUGCCACUGUUCAAUACUGCUCGAUCCCUCUCUCUUCCUGGCUACCAUCUUUUGUGAGAUUGGCAAGGGUUUGAAAAUCUCAAAUUGCAUGUGCUUCAAGCCGCCUUUGGUGAUUCAGUGAUUCUUAAUGGAAACUUCAAAAUUGGCUUUCAUUGGAAUUGCAUUUGGAUCUCCUGAGGUCAACACUUGUUUUUUUGUGACGGAGUGCAAUUUGAGGCAACAGAGAACAGCUGAAUCUUGUUCAGUACUAGAAUUUGAUUAGCACUGGAACCUUGAACUUUGAACCGCUGAUUCUUGAAGUAAUAGAUCAUGUGCUUACUAAUUAGUGAUUUUGAUUUCAAAUAGCUCGAUGUAUUAUGGAUAAAGAGAGUUUAUAACCAAUAUGUUGCUAAUAUUACAUGUUUUUAUUUGAUUUUAUUAAAAAUAGGACCUGGGCAUGCUCGCGCAAAGCUCAAGGCCCAAAAAACUAGUAAAUAUUAGUAUAUGCAUAUAUAUGUUAGGUUAUGUGAAUAUUAGGUGUGUUAAUGAGUGUCCUAAGAGCACCCAUUAGAAAAACCCAUAAUCAUUUGAAUGAGUUUAUGACCAUUGUUUUGCUAAUAUUACAUGCUUUGGUUAACUUUUGAUUUAAGCUGAUUUAAGUAGAUCUUGGGCACUCUUGCGCAUAGCGCAAGGCCCAAAAGAACCAGUAAAGACUAAAAAUGAUAAGUUCAAUCUGAAAAAAGGUAAGUUGUAGUGGUUAAAAAAAGUUUCCCCUCUAGUACCAAAUAUUACCAUUUAUUUCAUGAAUCUUACCAUUUAUCCGAUGAAACUUAUUGACUGUUUAGUGAAAUUUACUCAUAAUUGGUUGCUCCCAUCCCUUCCUAAAUCCAUAACAUCAUUUUCAUCGUUUCCUUCCUUCCUCUACAGCUGCCACCACCGCCUCCCAUUCCCCUAGUCGUUCUAAUCACUACUCAAUUAAAUCCAUCUUCUCUGUCUAAAUCCCUCCUAUAUUUGCCUAACCCAGAGCCCUAGAUCGAGCGAGGAAUUUUGCUGGCAAGUGAUUGCAGGUUGUAGGUUUUAGUCUUGCCUUGAAAAACUUGAAGAACUCUUAAAUGGCCGAGGCAGAUGAGGAUUUGAAAUCAAGGAGAACGGUUUUUGUAACAGUCGGGACAACUUGUUUUGAUUCUUUAGUUAGAGCAGUGGAUACUCAGGAAGUUAAGGAAGAACUUUUCAAAAAAGGCUAUACUCACCUUCUGAUUCAAAUGGGUCGGGGUUCCUACAUUCCUGCAAAGUCUACUGGAGAAAAUGGGUCUCUGGAAGUAGACUGCUUCACAUUUUCAUCAAGCAUCACUGACUAUCUGAGAUCUGCAUCUCUUGUUAUCAGUCAUGCGGGGUCAGGGAGCAUAUUUGAGACAUUACGUUUACAGAAACCUUUGAUUGUGGUAGUAAAUGAAGAUUUAAUGGACAAUCAUCAAAGUGAGCUGGCAGAAGAACUGGCAGAGAGAAAACACUUAUUUUGUGCUCGCCCCCAAACACUUUACCAAACCGUUGCUGAUAUGGAUUUGGGAUCUCUAAUUCCAUAUCAACCUGGUGAUGCAGCUCCAGUUGCCAAGCUUCUAAACAGUUUUCUAGGUUUUCCGGAUGACUGAGGUGCUGUGGUACCCCUUGCCUAGUUUUAUGUUAAAACUUAAAUGAGGGGGAUUGCUUGAAAUGACUCUUCAAGAUUGGUCCAUCAUUUUGAGUCCACAAUUCCUUGUACUCUGUACUUCAAUUGGGAUCAGAGGUAAGAAAAAUCAAGCUCUUUAAAGUUCAAGUUAACCGAAUGAUAAGGGACGACAAUCCUGUGUGUCAAAAGUAGCACACUUCAACAGCAAAAUCACAACUCUGACUGAUAUUGAUUGAGCAAUUAUGAAUGACUGGUACAACACACUGGAAAGCUUUACUAGGUUGGUGGUGAUAAUAGGGCAUCCAUGUCUGGAAAGAUAAUUUGAACUUCAGACUUGCAAUGUUCACCUAAGUUUGGGCUUUGGUCCUACUUGUAUUCAAUUCAUGCUGGUACUGUUCAUGUAAUUGUUCCAACACAAAAAGGUGUAAUUGCCACAUGAAGUUUGUGACUUUACAGAUGUGACAUUUUAACUUUUGAAUUUGAAGCGAGUUUGAUGCUUUGAAUGUUAUGUCAGGCAUGAGAUGCUUAGCCCACGCCAA